AUGAUCUCUGAAGGAGCAGCAACUGCCCUGGCUACGGUUGGAACAGUAUGCUGGUGUGUGCAGCUUAUCCCUCAAAUCAUUUACAAUUAUCGUCUUAAAAAUUGCGAAGGUCUACCCCCCAUUAUGCUUUUGGCAUGGGUAGUGUCAGGGAUUCCGUUUGCCAUUUAUUUCUUGAUAACGAAAGGUAACAUUAUUUUGCAAAUUCAGCCGCAUUUGUUUAUGCUAUUCUGCGGGAUCAGUUUCAUUCAGACCCUGUACUAUCCUCCAGUGAGUUGGAGCCCAAUCAGAAUCAUGUACGUCAUAGCGGCGAUCAUAGUUGUUGAUAUACCGUUAGAGGUGGGAUUUACCUUGUGGCUUCGGCCUCUCUACUCUCGUGGGAUCCACUGGCCUGCUUUGAUCAUUGGUGUGAUAGCUUCAGUGCUUCUGGCGUUGGGUCUCAUUCCGCCUUAUUUUGAGCUGGCCAAGCGACAGGGCAAAGUUGUCGGGAUAAACUUCAUCUUUUUGUUCAUCGACUCCUUGGGAGCCUGGCUUUCGAUCGUCAGUGUGAUUUUGGGGAACAUGGAUAUCAUGGGUAUUGUGCUGUACAGUGUCGUCGCGGUCAUGGAACUUGGCAUUUUUGCAUCGCAUUUUAUAUGGUGCUGUCGAUUCAAAUGGUUCAGCAGAGAGACCAAAGUCCAUGACCAAGAGGAUCAGAUUUCUGUGGUUCAAUCAGAGAAAACUAUCGACAACAACAACUUUGAAAAGCCCUACGAAGAGCAGACGGAGGACUAA